AUGGAACUUUCAGGGAUGAUCAGAACCACAAGAGAUCAUACUUCCUGGGACAUGAAAAUCUUUCAAGUCAAAGUGCAGAAAAAUGGAUAUUGUUCAACAAUCCCAUUUGCUUGUUUGAUAGUUUUCUCUAUUCUUAUAAUUGUCUCAAUCGUUCCGCAAAAGAGUGUAAUAUUCAAAGUUAAUGAAGGAGAUGCUAAAAUUAAGGUCCUAGCAGGAGGAGCUGCUCAAACUGAUGAUACAAUAUCAGAAGUUUUAGAUUCAGGAAAUGUUUCCUAUCAGCAACUUCUCAACGAACUUUUUGCUCCUGGAUUUGACAAAGGAUCUUGCUUAAGCCGGUACGAAGCCAUUCUAUAUCGAAAACCAUCACCGCAUAAGCCCUCCCUCUACCUCAUCGCCAAACUUAGGACCUAUGAAAGUCUUCAUAACCACUGCGGGCCUUACACCGAAUCCUACAACAAAACCCUUGAACAACUCAAGUCUGGCCGUAAUAUUGGUACCACAGGUUGUAACUAUGUUGUCUAUACACCUUUGAGUGGCCUAGGAAACAUGAUGCUAUCAGUUGCUUCAGCAUUUCUAUAUGCUUUCCUCACUAACCGAGUCCUGCUUGUGGAAUUCGGAAGAGAAAUUGCUGAUCUCUUUUGUGAGCCAUUUCCAAAUACAACAUGGUUGUUGCCCAUGGAUUUUCCUUUAAGGAAUCAAUUUGAAAAUUUCCGUCAGGAAUAUCCUCGUACUUAUGGAAACAUGCUGAAGAAAAGAAUCAUCAACAUUUCCAUGAAGUCUCCACCACCAGCAUUUCUUUAUCUUUAUCUAGCUUACAACAUUGAUCGUUACGAUGAGCUUUUUUAUUGUGAUCAAAAUCAAGAUCAACUUCAAAAAGUCCCUUGGUUGGUUAUAAAAUCAAACCAAUACUUUGUCCCUUCUCUCUUCUUAGUCCCAUCUUUUCACCAGGAACUAAGCAAGUUGUUCCCUGACCAAGAAACUGUUUUCCACCACGUGGGUCGGUAUCUUUUCCAACCCUCAAAUGAAGCAUGGGGACUAAUCACUAGGUUUUAUCAAGCUUACUUAUCCAAAGCAGAUGAGAGGAUUGGCAUCCAAGUAAGGGUUUUUGAUACUAAAACUACUCCAUUUCAAACAGUUAUGGAUCAGAUUUUGUCCUGUACUCUAAAGGAUAAAUUACUGCCUGAAGUCUUAGAUGUGCACAAUUCUGUUGCAUCUUUAUCCAAUAACCAAAGCUUGAAAGCUGUUUUAGUAACAUCUCUGUACUCAGAGUACUAUGAGUAUAUAAAGGGGAUGUAUUGGACAAGACCAACUGUGAGUGGGGAAGUGAUUGGUGUUUUCCAGCCAAGCCAUGAAGAGCAUGAACUAUAUGGGAAUAAGAUGCACAGUAUGAAGGCAUGGACUGAAAUUUAUCUGCUGAGUAUGAGUGAUGUGUUGAUUACUAGCUCUUGGUCAACUUUUGGUUAUGUGGCUCAAAGUCUAGGUAGUCUGAAGCCAUGGAUUCUUUACAGGCCUUUCAAUGGAACAACCCCAGAUCCUCCUUGUGUUCAAGCUAUGUCAAUGGAGCCUUGUUUCCAUUUCCCUCCACGUUAUGGCUGCAAGGCAAAGGUCAACAUCGAUGAAGGUGCUAUUGUUCCUCAUGUGAAGCAUUGUGAGGAUGUGGGUUGGGGAUUAAAGCUGGUUAAAGAUCAUUGA